UCAGCCAGCCUCCCAGCCUAAAGCUGCCAACUCCGAGCUGCUCGGAACUUGGCCAUAGGCCGGAUAGUGUAAUAAAGGGAGCUACUUCAACUCAACUUUGCGUAUUCCAUGCACUGCUUCAAUGUAUUUUGGUACUGUUUUUGCAGAACAUUGGUGCUUAUGUGUUUCAGCAAAGCAAGCAAACAAACAAACACAUAGACGGGACAAUGAAAUGUCUUUAAACAUUGUCACAAACAAAUAAAUUAUAGAACUUUUUUCUUUUUGGGGUAAUUGAGUUGAUGGAAUAACAUUUUCUGCUAAGUCAAUUGAUUCUGUGAAGCUCCUCAACUCACGUUCUUUUUUCCUUUAAAGGAGGGGAAGUACUGCAGGUUUUUUUUUCGACAUGAAAGUUGCAGGCAAGGUUUUAAAGCGAAUGGGAAAGACGAAUUGAGUGCGGAACUUCAGUGCAGACAAGUUCUAUUGUCUGUAUCCUCAACAGUAGGUAUUGCCUCUGAUAAUUAAGAUGACUGGCUUCAGGAGGACACGCGAAUUACUGGACAACUUUACAAGGAUUUAAAAACCUUUGCUUGCGGUACACAGAUGGAUUGUUCAGGAUUCACCUUCAGUAUAGAGCUGCUGCUCCGGAAUUACUUGAAGUGAUCCACCAAUGGAUUCCUGCAUCUUGCUUGGAUGAGAUGAGAGUGGGCGCAGAUGCGAGUAGAAACUAUAAGCCGCCACUGUCAAAAAAAAAUAAAAAUAAAACCUGUAUCAACAGUUUGAGGGGGAAAAAAGCUAUUUAAUUCAUAGACCAUGGACUUGAUAUGGCAAGAUAUUGGAUUGAGCAGAUCUUUAUAGCCCAACUGUAACCCCCAACACCAGCUCCAUGUUAGAUCUUCUCUAAAUUAUGGAAAUUUUGUGGAAGACGCUGACUUGGAUAUUGAGCCUUGCCAUGGCUGCUUCUACAUUUCAAAGCUUCAACAAAAUGCCACACAGUUCCCAAGAGGAGUACCUUUCCUACCUUGAGCAUUACCAGCUGGUGGUCCCUGUGCAAGUGAAUGAGAACAGCGAGUUUGUAAGCUACACUGUGAGACACUUGGAGUCGGCACGGCAGAGAAGAGGGCUGGAGCCGGUGAGCCCAGAGCUGCCCGAAUCGCGGCUGUACUACAGACUCUCAGCCUACGGAAGGCACUUUCAUUUGAACCUAACGCUCAAUCACUACUUGGUGUCAAAACAUUUUACUGUAGAAUACUGGGGCAAAGAUGGAGCAGAGUGGCGGCAUGGAUAUGUUGAUAAUUGCCAUUAUGUUGGAUAUCUGCAGGAUCAGUACAGAACUACGAAGGUGGCAUUAAGCAACUGUAAUGGCCUGCAUGGUGUUAUCACAACAGAGGAAGAGCAAUAUUUAAUUGAGCCACUAAUGAAUAUAUCCUCCAAAAAUUCCAUUAAUUUUAACCUCCGAAAAGGACAACUGCAUGUUAUUUAUAAGAAGUCUUCCAUCCCUCGGCCACAAGACCUCAGCGACGAACUCAGUUGUGGUGUUUCAGACCUCACAAGAAGCGGGGCCCCCUGUUGGCCUAGGGACCCGCAAUCUGCCCCUCCACCCCCCCUGCCGAUUAACAGCAGCGCGGGUGGUGUCCACCGGCAGAAGCGGUCCAUCAGCUCAGAGCGUUUCGUCGAGACCCUCGUGGUGGCCGACAAGAUGAUGGUUGGGUACCAUGGCCGCAAGGACAUCGAGCACUACAUCCUCUCGGUGAUGAACAUUGUUGCCAAACUUUACCGUGAUGCCAGCCUAGGAAACGUUGUGAACAUUGUUGUGACUCGACUCAUCGUCCUGACGGAGGACCAGCCCAACCUGGAGAUCAACCAUCACGCGGACAAGUCCCUGGACAGUUUUUGCAAGUGGCAGAAGUCUAUCCUGUCACAUCAGGGAGAUGGGAACAGCAUUCCAGAGAACGGGAUUGCUCAUCACGACAAUGCGGUUCUCAUCACCAGGUACGAUAUCUGCACGUAUAAGAACAAACCGUGUGGAACGCUGGGCUUGGCGUCAGUGGCUGGAAUGUGUGAGCCAGAGAGGAGCUGCAGCAUCAAUGAGGACAUUGGCCUGGGCUCCGCGUUCACCAUCGCCCACGAGAUCGGGCACAACUUUGGCAUGAACCACGAUGGGAUCGGGAACUCAUGCGGGACCAAAGGCCAUGAGACCGCCAAGCUGAUGGCCGCACACAUCACGGCCAAUACCAACCCUUUCUCCUGGUCGGCCUGCAGCAAGGAUUACAUAACCAGCUUCCUGGACUCGGGUCGGGGGACGUGUCUGGACAAUGAACCUCUGAAACGAGACUUCCUAUACCCCACAGUGGCCCCGGGGCAGGUGUACGACGCAGACGAGCAGUGUCGUUUCCAGUACGGCGCCUCCUCCCGCCAGUGCAAAUACGGGGAAGUGUGUAGAGAGCUCUGGUGCCUCAGCAAGAGUAACCGCUGCGUCACCAACAGCAUCCCCGCGGCCGAGGGGACCUUGUGCCAGACGGGCAGCAUCGAGAAAGGGUGGUGUUACCAGGGAGAAUGCGUGUCAUUUGGGACAUGGCCCCAGAGCGUGGAUGGCGGCUGGGGGCCCUGGUCCAUGUGGGGCGAGUGCAGCCGGACCUGCGGCGGUGGCGUAUCCUCGUCCGUGCGGCACUGCGACAGUCCAGUACCCUCAGGUGGAGGAAAGUACUGUCUUGGGGAGAGGAAGAGGUACAGGUCAUGCAAUACGGAUGCCUGUCCGGUGGGAUCUCGGGAUUUCCGGGAGAAGCAGUGUGCCGACUUCGACAGCCUACCAUUCCGGGGAAAGUACUACAAUUGGAAACCGUAUACUGGAGGUGGCGUGAAACCAUGUGCCCUCAAUUGCCUGGCGGAGGGAUACAACUUCUACACCGAGCGUUCUCCGGCUGUGAUCGAUGGCACCCGCUGCCAGGCUGACUCCCUGGACAUCUGCAUCAAUGGGGAGUGCAAGCACGUGGGAUGUGACAACAUACUCGGUUCGGAUGCCAAGGAGGACCGGUGCCGUGUGUGUGGUGGGGAUGGCAGCACGUGUGAGGUCACAGAAGGACUUUUCAAUGACUCUCUUCCAAGAGGAGGCUACAUGGAGGUCGUUCUGAUCCCACGUGGAUCAGUUCACAUCGAGAUCAAAGAGGUAGCCGUCUCAAAGAAUUACAUUGCGCUAAAGUCUGAAGGAGAUGAAUACUACAUCAACGGGGCGUGGACCAUCGACUGGCCCCGGAAGUUCGACAUUGCCGGAACGGCGUUCCACUACAAAAGGCCGACGGAUGAACCCGAGUCACUGGAAGCCCUGGGGACCACCACAGAAAACCUCAUUGUCAUGGUCCUCCUGCAGGAGCAGAACCUUGGCAUCAGCUACAGGUUCAACGUACCCAUCGCGCGGACAGGAAGCGGGGAUAACGAGGCUGGCUUCUCCUGGCACCACCUGCCCUGGUCUGAGUGCUCCACCACCUGCGCUGGGGGUUUCCAGAAGCAGGAAGUAGUGUGCAAAAGGGUGGACGACAGUUCUGUUGUGCAGAACAGUUACUGCGACCCAGAGAGCAAGCCGCCGGAGAACCAGAGGGACUGCAACACAGAGCCCUGCCCCCCUGAGUGGUUCAUCGGUGACUGGUCUGAAUGCAGCAAGACAUGCGACGGGGGCAGCCGGGCACGGACGGUCCUGUGCAUACGCCGCAUCCGGCUUGCUGAGGAGGAGACACUGGAGGACAGUCACUGUCUGACCCAUCGACCCAUUGAGAGAGAGUCUUGCAAUAACCAGUCAUGUCCCCCACAGUGGGUCACCCUGGACUGGUCAGAGUGCACCCCCAAGUGCGGCCCUGGCUUCAAGCACCGUAUUGUCCUUUGCAAGAGCAGCGAUCUGGCCAAAACCUUCCCCCCCGCCCACUGCCCCGACCACAACAAGCCCCCGGUGCGCAUCCGCUGCAGCCUGGGCCGCUGCCCGCCCCCCCGCUGGAUCCCUGGAGAGUGGGGACAGUGCUCGGCGCAGUGCGGCCUCGGGCAGCAGAUGCGCACCGUGCAGUGCCUCUCCUACACGGGGCAGCCCUCUAGCGAGUGUCCCGAAUCCCUGAGGCCCCCCGCCAUGCAGCAGUGCGAGAGCAAGUGCGAUGCCACCCCCAUCUCCAACGGUGACGAAUGCAGAGACGUAAACAAGGUGGCCUACUGCCCACUGGUGUUGAAGUUCAAGUUCUGCAGCCGCGCAUACUUCAGGCAGAUGUGCUGCAAAACAUGCCAAGGACACUGACCCGUGUGGGAGAGGGACUAGUGCCGGGGAUUGGACAGCCGGACGAGGAAGAGGAGGAGGAGGAAGAGGAGGAGGGCGGUGGGGAGCAGGGGCCCGUGUCUGGCACCCGCAUGUGUUUUUUUAUUUUUUUCAUUAUCCUGUGGAAACCCAAACCACUGCUCAGCCUGGGCUGACACAUCUCAGUUUACCUGUCACUUCUGUGAAGUGGGAACUUAUGUGAUUGUUGCUGUUAAUUUUUAUUAUAAUAAUAAUGACGACAAUUAUUAUUAUUAUUACUAUUAUUAUGAUUGUGUUCGUUUGUUGUUUGUAAUCCAAAGUGCUGGACACGUCACACGCAAAAAGGUGCACCAUACUGCAGAUGCAGAUUUAGAGUUAGACUUUCCUCGGAGGUGUGGGUGCCUGUGGAAAUGCCUGGGAUUCCCCCCCCCCCCCCCCUCCUGGGACCACAAAGUCACAGUAGACUGUAAUUGUGAUUCUGCCUCGCUUUGACUCCCCGACCUUGUAAAUACACCGCCCCCUACUGGCCUCGACGUUUCUGUUAUUAUCUAAUAAAGUGAAUCCGUUAGUACUCCUUUUUUGCAUACACUCCUGAUUACAUCUUGUCAUUUUUUUAAAAUAAGAUCUUUAUAUAAAGUUUGGCAGUUUGUUAACGGGCAUGCCACUUUAAGAGCAUACCACCUUAAGAGCAUACCGCCUUAAGAGCAUGCCACCUUAAGAAACCAGAACAACUUUAGAGGUGGCAGUAAGAUGUUGUGGAAAGAUAUUACUUUUUUGUAGUUUUUUUCUUCCCCCUCCCUCUUUCCCUCCUCCUCUUCCUCUCUCUCUUAAGAAAACAAGUAAUGAGGCUGCGUCUUUGCUGUUCGCUCCCACUUCUGUCGGUGUCAGAGACUCACUGGCUGGACCACACAUGCUGUCCUGCAGACACGUGGUCCAGAGCAGGACCUCCAGCCUGGAGGGGGCGCCUCAGAAAAGUACAGAGAGAGAGAGAAAAGGUGCUCAGUGUUACUGAGAGGUUUGUCUUUACACUAUGGUGGGGGUUUGGGAUCUAAUGGGAGACAGAAGAAGUUAAAUUUAACCUGGUUAAGUGGGAGGGGGUGUCCUCCCAGAUGGUGAAAGGGGAAUACACCUGUUUUAAUGAAUAGGCUUGGAGGCUGGGCCCCUGAGCCACUGCUGGAUCUCAUGUCCCAACCUGCCCCCCCCCCCGGGUACAAUCUCACCCUAAAGCAGAGUCCAGGGGUCAGAGCCUUCACACAGCUGAGAAACUGCACUCUCAGGUUCCUGGGAUCAAACAGUGAAAUUAACCUGCCGUGCAUAUGAAAACUAUUGCAUGUAAUGAGGGUGUAUGCCAGUGAGAGGCGCUGUUUCAGGCCUCGCCGUGCAAUGCAUGUGCUCAUUAAUAUCUGAAGUGCAUUGCUAUGGGAAACAGGUGCUCUAUGUGUGUCCCUUCCCCCUCAUUUUGAGAUGGAGAUCCCUGAAACACACGCUCGCCACAGCAUACGGGCAAUAACCAAGCAACUGCAUCUCCACGGCAGUGUCAUGUGACCUACCUGGCCUGGAAUGGGUUCAGGCACAUCCCAGGCCAAUCUCCCAUGGACACGGAUGGACAGAUGGAUCAUGACAAACCAGAUCUUUGCUGAUCUCCGAUUGGCUACCUCCAGACCAUGUGAUCAUCCACCACCGCCUGUUUACUCAGCCUGCACUUGGUGUGAGCCGUAGCACAUUUCUGCAGAGUAUUCCAGGUACCUGGGAAGCUUCCCCCCAUCCCACUCUUCCACUGGUGGAGGACUCCGUUUUUGGUGCUUCCAAGCCCCCCCCCCAGUAAUCUGUGAUGCACUUCUGCACAAUGCUGCCCCAGCUCACUUGACAGUGACUAGACUUAUCUUGGGCAAUUGGUGUACGUGUUGGUGCAUGGAUUUUACCCUUUUGGGGGAUGGGGUUUAAUGUGACUUUUACCUCAGUCUGGGUAUUUGGAAGGAGGCCUUUUUCUGCGGACGAUGGACUUCUUAACGUAACUCUGGCCUGUGCUGCUCUCCUUCAUGUACUCUAGCCAGACGGUGUUUGGACACCCCAAGAGCCGGUGAGGAACCUCUUACUUUUGUAUGCAACUGGGAUUUGAAAAGGCUACAAAACACAGGAGAUAAACACUGAGACUGAAACAGAACAGAAUGUAAACUGGACGUGUAACAUGCGGAUUAGAUAGAAAGAAAUAAAAAUGGCGGAAUAUCUAUGAAUCCUGACAGAUCCUCUUAUUAUUAAAAAGCCCCAAUAUUUCAUGUUACUUGUUCUUCCGCUGUACUUUGUAGACCCUCUACAAGAUAAACACGGACCAUUUUGAAUGCUAAAGAUUGAUUGUUAUAAUUACAUUUUCUUACAUUGUCUGGCAGAUUCUUGUGUAAGUUUACAGGUGUGGGAUCAUGGAGCUUCCCAAGACUCAACAAAACUGGCACUCGUAGCUGUGAACUCUGGUGUCUGGAUGUCAUGUCACUUACCCCGUAAACGCUGGUUUAGUUGCUUGUAUUUUGUAUGCAGUAUUAAUGUUGGUACACUGUUACUAAUGUUUUUAUUUCCAGUUGUAAAUUAUAUGCUAAUUUAUUACGUCGUUUCACUUGCGUCACAUGUAUUUCACUGCAUGCAAUUAAAAAAAUUUAGAAGAAUAAAAAUAUGUGCAGUGAAAUCCAUUCCCUGGCAACCUGCUUUAACGUAAGGACAAUAAAGAAGCUGAU